GCAGCAGUAGCUGACUUGUCAAAUUGUGAUGCUUUCUUUCUUGACUCCGCCCGCCAUCUCUUCUGCUUCUUCUUCCUGCUCGCCGGCACACCAUCCAAUCCAUCCAGCCAUGAGCCAGCCAUCCAUCACAUCAUCACUACUCGCCCGCUGCUCUCACGUUCCGUUCUGCAACUUCUGUUUUGUUUUGAAUUAAACUCAACAAAAAAGAACAGUCAGGUUGGCUCUUCUGCCUUUGGGCUGCUGGGCUUUGCUUUUCAUUUUCAAAGUCAAAAACACAGCUUCUCCUUCUUCACGCGUUUUAUUAACAACUCUUCUUCCGCCUCCAUAAUCCGUAUUGCAUUACUAUUGCUGUUAUUGUAUUCUGCUCUCUCUCUCUCUCUCUCUCUCUCUCUCUCUCUCUACAACGUACAAUCAAAUACUCGUUUUUGCUCGAGUUAAUACGCCUUCUUCUUCUGAGUCAACUUGCUGGCUCCUGAUCCAACUCCGUAAAUGAAGAUGUUGAUGGUGAUUAUGCACAUCUUCAGAUUCAGACCAUCCCCCCAUCGUCCCCGUAUGCUGCUGAUGUUGACGAUGCUAAUUUGUUUGCUCUCUCAGAAUUCCAAUUUCUAUUGUGCUUGUGCUUGCUCUCUCAACGAUGAAGGUUUGGCGUUGCUCAGAUUUAGGGACGGAGUGGUCAGUGAUCCAUUUGGAGCUUUUUCAAAUUGGAACGAUGAUUUCGGAGUAAUCGAUCCGUGUUCGUGGUUCGGGGUGGAGUGUUCGGAUGGACAUGUUGUUGCUCUGAACUUGAAAGAUCUCUGUCUUGGAGGAACACUGGCACCUGAUCUCGGAAACCUGGUACACAUAAAGGCUAUCAUCUUGCGCAACAACUCCUUCUAUGGACUCAUUCCAAAAGAAAUAGGAGAGCUAAAGGCAUUGGAAGUGUUAGAUUUGGGGUACAACAACUUUAGUGGACCAUUACCACAUGAUAUCAGCAAUAAUUUGUCACGGGCAAUCCUGCUAAUGGACAACAAUGACCUUUUUGGUAGCAUAUCCCCUGAAAUUCAUGAGCUUAAAAUGAUUUCUGAAGUUCACGUCAACGAAAACCAGCUUUCUAGUGCAGCGGAAAGAUCAUCUUGCAAAGACAGAUUCAUCUCAUGGUACGGCUGUGUAGCAGAUGCAGCUCGUCGGAGACUGCUACGAGAGCCAAUGCCACAAAAAAAGAAAUCAGGACCUUCAUCUCCGUCACCGUCACCAUCACCAUCACCAUCCCCAUCUCCUGCACCCUCCCCAUCUCCUGCACCCUCUACUGUAUCCAAUCCAGAGCCUUCUCCAACCCCUGCUGGCUCUGUUCCAAUGCCUUCAGCUGCAGAAAGCCCCAGCAUGGCAGGCCAAGGUUCCAGCAAGCAUCAUCGAGCACUAAUAUUGUCUGCAGCCAUAGGGGGUCCUAUUUUGCUUUUUGUUUUGGUAAUUGUUAUAUUGUUCACUCAAGCCAACAAGAUGGCUUCUGUCAGACCCUGGGCCACUGGACUAAGUGGACAACUGCAGAAAGCAUUUGUAACUGGUGUGCCAAAGCUCAAGAGAUCAGAGCUAGAGGCAGCUUGUGAAGAUUUCAGCAAUGUGAUCAGUUCUUCAUCAAUCGGAACAGUGUACAAGGGAACAUUGUCUAACAGAGUUGAGAUAGCUGUUACUUCAGUUGCAACAGUCUCAGCUAAGGAUUGGUCAAAUAAUUUAGAGGCCCUGUUCAGGAACAAGAUUGACACAUUAUCAAAAUUGAACCACAAGAAUUUUGUGAAUCUUCUGGGGUACUGUGAGGAAGAUGAGCCUUUCACUAGGAUGUUGGUUUUCGAAUAUGCACCAAAUGGAACUCUCUUUGAGCAUUUACAUGUAAAAGAAGCGGAACACUUGGACUGGGGGAUGCGGAUGAGGAUUAUGAUGGGCAUGGCAUACUGCCUCGAGCACAUGCACCAACUCACACCCCCAAUUACCCACAAAAACCUGAAUUCUUCUGCUGUCAAUCUCACGGAAGAUUAUGCAGCCAAAGUCUCAGAUUUUGGCUUCACAAGUGAAGUCCCUGCUGCAGUUGUUGAUCAUCAUGAGAUGGAAACAACAAACACACAGAGUAACGUCUACAGCUUUGGUGUAGUAUUGUUCGAGAUGAUAACAGGCAGGCUUCCUUACUCGGCGUGGGGCAGUAGCUCGCUUGAGGAUUGGGCAUCAGACUAUUUGAGAGGGGAACAACCCUUGAGGGAAAUGGUGGAUCCGACAUUGAAGUCGUUCCAGGUUGAGCAUCUUGAGAAGAUUGGUGAAGUGAUUGUAUCUUGUGUGCAUCCAGACCCGAGACGGAGACCGGAUAUGAGACAAGUCACGGAACGAUUGAGAGAGAUAACAGGAAUGGGGCCUGAUGGAGCAAUCCCUAAACUGUCUCCUGUUUGGUGGGCUGAACUCGAGAUUCAGUCAACAGAAGCGAUGAUCUGAAGGAGAGGAAAGGAUGAUGAUGAAGGAGGAGAAGAAGAAGAAGAAGUUGAGACUGCAACAAUUAGUUAACUGUAAUGAGGCAGCGUGUAUCUGCUCUUCUAGUUCAGGGAAUACAUACUCAUGCUACUUGUUGUACAUAAGAGAAGCAAAUAGGUGAAGCUAAAGCUUGUCCAAAAACACCGAAACAUGGGGCUUAAUUUAAAAAGACAGAUAUACAGCGAAUACGGACAGUUGUGAACCAAAUGCAAGUGGUGUUUCGUUUGUUGAAAA